UUCACCAGGAUGUCUACCUCUUGACUUCCCCUUAGCAACGAGUGGCGGAUCUUGGUUCCCCUAGCAACUGGUCAAAGCAUCUGUUGCACGGAACCAGCCAGGUAGCCUGCGUUUGAAAAGGACAACUCUGGAUCUGUUUCUCCGUGAGAAGGCUACUGCAUUGACAGUGGUGCAUUCCCCCACCUCCUACCUGUGGUCUUCACCAACAGAACUAUCAUCAGGGAGAAGCGGACUGUGGAAGAGGAACAUGAUGUUUUUCAGGGAAGAUGAACCUGCUGUGCAACUCACUGGAGCCAAGAGUGAUGGACGACGACAUGCUGAAGCUGGUUGUCAGGGAGCAGGGCCCACAAGAGGAAGCCGGACAGCUGGCCAAGCAGGAGGGCAUCCUCUUUAAGGACGUCCUCUCCCUGAAGCUGGAUUUCCAGAACAUCCUCCGCAUUGACAACCUCUGGCAGUUUGAGAGCUUGAGGAAGCUGCAGCUGGACAAUAACAUCAUUGAGAGGAUCGAGGGCCUGGAGAACCUCACACACCUGGUCUGGCUAGACCUGUCCUUCAACAACAUUGAGGCCAUCGAGGGGCUGGAUGCCCUGGUAAACCUAGAGGACCUGAGCCUGUUCAACAACCGUAUCUCCAAGAUUGACUCUCUGGAUGCCCUAGUCAAGCUGCAGGUGCUGUCACUUGGCAACAACCAGAUCGGCAACAUGAUGAACAUCAUCUACCUGCGGCGAUUCAAGGACCUGCGGGCGCUCAGCCUCUCUGGGAACCCCGUUGCCAAGGCAGAGGAUUACAGGAUGUUCAUCUGGGCCUACCUUCCUGGCCUCGUGUACCUGGAUUCCCGGCGCAUCGAUGACCACAUGGAAGCUGGUGCCUUUCCUGGGAGAAAGCAACCUGUGUUUGAGAAAGAGCUGGCGGAGAUUAAGCACCAGUACAGCCUCGAUGAGCUGAAGCACCGGGAGAACCAGAUUCAGGCCCAGCUGGAGGAGGAACAGGCUCAGCGGAAGGAGCUGGAGGAGUACAAGGCUGCGUUUGUCGAGCACCUGAACGGCUCCUUCCUGUUUGACAGCAUGUAUGCCGAGGACGUGGAAGGCAAAAAGCUGGCCUACCUGCCCAGUGUCGGUGAGCUCCUUGAGUCCUACAAGGACAAAUUUGUCAUCAUUUGCCUGCACAUAUUCGAGUAUGGACUGAAACAGCAGAAGAAGCGGAAAGUGGAGCUUGACACCUUCAGUGAGUGUGUCCACGAGGCCAUCCAGGAAAACCAGGAGCAGGGCAAACACAGGAUUGCCAAGUUCGAGGAGAAGCACUUGCUGAGUUUAAGUGCCAUCCGAGAUGAGUCUGACAUGACCAACAUUGAGAUGAAGAUAGUGGAACAUGGCAAGGACAUCACGGAGUUGUACAACGUGCUCAUGACCCAAGAGAUGCAGUUGGUAGAGCAGCUGGAGGAGAUGAUAAACAUGUUUGAAAGGAACAUCGUCGACUUGGUGGGGCUCUUUAUCGAGAAUGUACAAAGCCUGAUGGCUCAGUGUCGGGACCUGGAGACCCACCACCACGAGAAGCUCCUGGAGAUCUGCAUCAACACCCUGGAGAAGAUAGUCAAGGGGGAGCUAGAUGAGGACCUGCCUGAUGACGUGCGUGCGCUUUUUGUGGACAAAGACACAAUUGUGAAUGCUGUCGGGACAUCACAUGACAUCCACCUCCUGAAGAUUGACAAUCGAGAAGAUGAGCUGGUGACCAGGAUCAACUCUUGGUGUACGCAGUUAGUGAACAAGGUGAGUGAUGCCACUGGUCUAGCAGAUGCACCAAUGCCUCUAGUUACCAGCCGGGGAGCAGUGGAAAUCUGCCCUGGGGAGCGUAUACUAUUUGCAGUAAGAAAUGGAGAAAGAAAUAAAAUGAAGGAUUGUAGAAUUCCACACUGAAGACUUCUUAUUGACCAGACUUUAAAACCCAGGUGCUUCAUCAUUUUCUUCUGAUCUCAAACACAUAGAUAAGCAGAACACAGGAAGCUUGGAAGUAAGUGGAAGACGUAACUAUGCAAACUUCAAAGAACUCCUUUCCUUUCCCCCAUACUGGACUCAGGGAAAGGUAUUAACUGGUUUUCUGACAACCCUCAGAUUCACAAGGACGAGAUCACCAGGAACCGCAAACGAGUGAGGGAGAUCAAUCAAUACAUCGACCACAUGCAGAGCGAGCUGGACAACCUGGAG